AUGCCCAUCCUAGCUUAUUCUUCUACAGUCUUCUCCUUGGUAUCACUAGAGAUGUAUCCUAAAGAACUCUCCAUUGAUCUUUCUGAAGGAAAGAAUGAUGUGUACUGGAUUGUUACAGCCUUUCACGACCAAGUGUACCUGCAUGCCAUUCUUGCAUUAGCUGGGGCUUUCUUCGAUACACGCAAAGUGGAAAGCUAUACUCCCGAACUUUACAAACAUUCGAUCAAAGCUCUUCAACUUCUCCAAAAUCGGCUAUUUGUCAUGAAAGAAUCGGAUUGUUUUUCGAACGCGACCAUCAUGGCAAUAUUUGCCUUGGCCUCCGCAGCGGAUAUUGCAGAUGACCUGCCCACAGUGGAGCGUCAUCUCCGUGGCUUGAAAAGAAUCAUCGAUAUUAGAGGUGGGAUGGGGAGGCUACGGACCAAUACUCCUGAUCUCCUUGGGAAGAUUUGCAGACUUGACCUCGGCCUGGCUGUGAAAACUUGGAGGUCACCCGUCUUUUUCAACCAAUCGGUAUCCUGGGAUCCCUACCUCGUGAUAUCCCGCACCCCUCAAGAUGUCAACGACGAGACGAUGUCUUGGUGGAUCACUGACAACCUAGAACCGAGGCUAUGUACAAUAUGGGAGGACUUGAGACAGUUUCGCAGGAUGAGCAUCUUCGCCAACGAGGCAAACCAUAAAAUCCCAAAGGAAACGUUCACCGAACUGAUGGUUUCUCUCUCAUAUCGGCUCGUCAAUCUAUCCUAUGACUUGGACUCGCCCAACGAAGUAGUACGACUCGGUAUGCUGGGAUAUGUAACCUCCAUCUUCCUUCAGUGGGGGAAAACGGCAGAGUUCCACCACUUGCGGCACAUGCUGGGAGGGACUUUAAAAGCGAUGCAUCUUGGUAUGAGUGACAUCCCCAUGCCGGCAAGAUUGUGGCUGUUCCUCACGUGGCAUCUGCUCCAUCCAUCAGAGCAGGAGGUUGGGAUGCUGGACGGGUUGCUCGGAUCAAUGUCUCGUGAUGAUACCCCGUUGAUUUGGUCUGAUGUGGAAGAUUUGCUUCGAUCAACUGUAUGGAUUGGCCAUAUGCACGAUACGGAAGGAGAAGCCAUAUAUCGGCGUACUACUCUGCGGAUUUCAUCAACGGGAUAA